UCAUGUUCUUCAUCAGUUUACUGUCCUUUGCUGAUCCUUGGUUUGGACAUGGGGGUUAUGAUUUGGAGUUCUAGGUUGUUGUAGAUAUGAUAUGAGAGUCUUGCCUCUGUCUUUUGGUUGGAUGGUACAGUUGGUAGCUAGGUAGGUUGCUUUUCAGUUGGUUCUCCUUUGGUACUCACCGAGCAAACUUCCUUCCCCACCUGGGAAUAUAUUUCUGGAGACCAAUGUGUCAGUCCUUUGACGUUCUUGGAUUCUACGGAUUGAUAUUGUGGUGAGAUCAUGAGAGCCUCAAAAGAGUUCUUGGGUUCCCCAACACCUGAUGCCAAGUUGCCAACAACAGCUGCUUACUCUUUAGUUCAGACUUCAGUGCCUUCUAGUAUUAGCCAUUUCCAACUCCAGAUUUCAGAUGUCUGUGAUUGGCUGACUCGCACCAGCUCACGACCACCACCAGCAACACCCACCUCUCGCCUUGAUCCUGGAUGGGCAGGCCCAGAGGUGGAAAGGGCAAGAACUCGAUGGAACCCGCGAAAUCCCAGGACGCCGCCGGCAGCGGGGGCGAGGAGGUCAUCCCAGCCUACAAGAGGAGGGGGAGGCCGCAGAAGUUUCUCAAGGGUAACCUCGCCGAUGAGGAAGAGGACAUCGCCAAGGCCGCCGAGGAGGACGGCGACGGCGCGAUAGCAAAGGCUGCGCCGAGCAAGGGCGCCUCGGCCGAGAACGGAGGGAAGAAGCGGCGGCGGCAAUGGAAGCGCGGCUCGGAGUCGGCGAUAGAAACGAAGGACGAGCCCGUGACGCCGCCGCCGAGCGGGUUCCGCCAGAACGGGAGCCGGCGGAAGAGCACCCCGAGGAGAGCUGCCGAGGCAGGGGUGGAGAGCUAGUGAAGCUCUGAAGACUGAAGACUGAAGAACUAUGUGUGAGCCUGUGGUUUGUCAUGCCAAUUUUACCCCCUUUUCUGAUUUAACUCUUUGUCACAUAGAUCAAGCAUAUCCAGGAGAACUGUGGUGACUUCUAUCCAUUGGCAUGAACAUGCUAUGACUGUGAGCAUGCUAAUGAGAAACUGCCUAAUUGCAGUGAGUAGUUAUGUAGCUUAAGUUGCAACAAUAGUGCUACUAGUAUUUAGACUUUUGGCAUAACGAAUAUUUAAGAGUUUAUGUCAGCUAACCCUCUUGUCAAUAAUCACUAGCAUAUCAAUUAUUAUCAUUUAUAAGAACUCCA